UGAUUCAGAGAAGAAAAUCAUUAUGGGCAUUGAAGAAUUCCGAACGUACAUACAGUCACAUCCUAAUGAAGCGGUUUACAUCAAUAAGCCCAUUGAAGAUUAUGAGGAGAUGGCCAUUGUUUGUGGGAAUGAUCAAGCGACGGGGUCAUUUGCAAGAACAGGUUCUCAAAGCUCUAGGAGUCUGGGUGUUCGCAUGGAAAUGCCAUCAACACCACCGACAUUGGAUUCCGACGAUCAACCACAAGGGUUAGAUGAUUGGGACUUCACUCAAUCACAACCUCCUCCGGCGGAAACACCAACAACAUCCACUUCGAAGGUGAAAGAAGUAAACAAGGGAUCAAAGCGUAUUAGGCGGGAAGAAUUGGAAGUCAUGCAAAAAAUCUCCAUUGGAUUGGAUAGGCUUGCAAGUGCCGCGGAGACGGACAAAGGUGUACAGUUGAGUAAGAGAUUGUACGAUGAGGUAAUGACUUUGAUUGGCUACUACAAUAAGUCUGAUCUUGGUUUAGCAUAUGACCAUUUGAAUGCCCAAAAUAAUCUAGCAACUGCUUUUAUAAACAAAGAUCAUGACCUUCGAUGCUUUUGGAUGGAUGGUUUCCUUAGGCAGUUGGGGCGUGAUGGUGGUGUCUGAAAUCGUCUACUCUUAUGAUUUACUUAUUUUGUGUGUUUUUAAGUUUAUGGACAUUUAUUAUUUUGCAUGUUGUUUUUGUUUGGAGUUAUUGAACUAUGUUAUGUUUUAUGAACAUGUUGACAAUUU